CCGUCAGCGUGGAUGACCGCAAUAGUCUGUAGAACACAGCGCUCCUGCGACUCGCAGGGAUCGUUGCCCAACGAUGGAAAGCUUGCACAUCCAUCAAAACGCGUUUCACACGGAAUGCCCCCGUCGUCAUGCAGCCUGUUGAUGCCUGACAACGUCGCAACUCAUGACGUUUUCAUCGCUUUAGCACAGCGGGCGAACAAAGCAGUCAUGUUCGCAGUCUUUGCGUUCGCAUUGUCCUUCCUCGGACUUUUCGGGGUCACGUCUGGCUCGGUCAUCCCGCAAGCAGAUGGCUUGCAAGCUCGUCACCCCGUCGGGCCCUGGCAACCAACGACGAUCACCAUCUUUACCGAGAUGCAUGAUUUGCUUUAUAAAACCUACAUCGACCUCCGAAUCCGUCUGGACGAUAACGCAAGUCUAUAUUAUCAUUCAGUAAGGGCAUUUCUGAAAUUUCGACAGGGUUUGGAAGGCGGCGUUGGUCCUGGAUACAAGCUUGCUUGGCAGGAGGCAAGCACUGAUGCUCUCGCCGGCGCAAAGAUUCGCAUGAUUGUCUCAGAUAACGUACGCGAUAUCCUAGAUCUGACGAUGUAUCAUCCCCUCGGAAAAGGCCUUUUUACAUACUAUACGAUAAACGAUCUUCAGCUUGGCGACACCGAUGUGACAGUGAGCGCUCGUCACCCCGUCUUGACCUGUUCUGACUCCUCUAUGACUCAGCUGAGCCCGUCCCUUGUUCAGUAUGUUCACCCGGAGGCUCGCUCGUGUCGCAUGCUAAGAAGUGAACGGCAGAGUCGUCAGCGGAGGACGCAUCAUCCCGGCGCAUCCUUAGAUCGUUUUGUCGUAUCAGCUGCAGAUAGAGUCUCGCUCAAUGACUAUGUCAAGUCACUACCGUGAGCCCCGUGGCCGGUAGAGGUCGGUGUUUCACUCACAGACAAAGUCAACCUGAUACUGUGCGGAGAAUAGGGAAUGCAAACUCAAGAGAGACAAGAGAUGCCAGAAUAAGAUAGACUAGGGGAUAUUCGAGCAUUUUCUAGGCUCGCUACCUUGACUGAGGCAGCAACCGACUGAAAGAUGCUCUUUGAUAUUCGCAUAGCUCUUCGGCGCACUUUGAGCGAUGAGUAGUCGACAGCGUCCAGUCCAAA